AAUCGAGCGGCAACACUAGUCAGAUUUAGAUUACUAUGCAGAGUAUGCAGUCAGCUAUCCGCAAGCCUUAUUUAUUCUUUUCCAGUUACUAUUCUGCUUGCAAAAUUAUAUUAUAUUCCAUCCAUUCCAUUACUAAUUAAUUCCAUCCAUGGAAUAGAAUGGCGACACGCAUGACUCGAUGAAUUUUAUUUUGGUGAAAUAGUUGAGAAGGUAUAUAAAAAACAGAACCGUAAAAUAAAAUACUUUGGUUUCGUAUGUAGUAUUUUCAACCAAUCAUACGUAUUUUACUCUUUGCAAUCAUCAUCAAUGGAGAGUGAAGCAAAUACAGAUAAAAACCAUGGUGCCCAGAAGUCUAUUACCCCUGUUGGACAUGCCUGGGUCUUGUCUAGAUCUAAAUCAUAUUCGGGACGUGUAUAUUACUUUAACACUCUGACCGGGGAGGCAGUUUGGAAUUUAAGUAAUGAGGAGAUUGAAAAAGCUAAGAAGAGAACAGCAAAGCUGCCCCUUCAACUAGAUAAUUUUCCAGAACCUCGAGAGCCACCUUGCGAUCAUGGCAACCAUGAUUCCUAUCAAGAUAAUAUUCAGCAGUCUCAGAUAUCACAAUAUACUUCACCAAGCGUUUACAAUAACCAAAUCAUAAAUAGUAACUAUCCAAGACCACAUUUUCAACCUUAUGUGACUCCAUGUCAAAACUGCACUCCCAUGAGUUCUAUUCAGAAUAUGGUUGGCAUUAGACCUGAUAUGUGGAUCCAUCAUCCUCCAAUAUUCUUGGGUAACCCAAGCCCAUCCUUAACUAACAUAAACCAAACAACAGAAAACAUUUCUCAUGAUAAUUGCUGCAAUCACAAUAUCACUGUUCAAAAUACAUCAGUGUCUCUUUCAAGACGUUUUGCAUUUGAAAAUACGAAACCUAGAGGCAAACACUUUUCUGUUCGCUCACAUGGAGUUGGAAAAUUCACACCAUGGAAUUAUAAAUUUAAUGUGAGGAAAACUUUUACUCCUCGAAGAAUGCCGAAUGGAGUUAGUGACUUACGAAAUAUUAUAUCUGGAAAAAAAAUAGUAAAUGAAACUUUGAAAGUGGUUCAGGAAAAUAAUCAUAACACAGUUCAGGAACAUUUUGAUUGCAAUAAAAUAAGCCUGGCCCCAGGAUCUUCUUCAUCCAAACUUGAAAGUAAAAUAGUUGAAGAUAUUUUAAUUGUUCAUAAAGAUGAGGAGUGGUUAAAGAACAAUGGUACCAUUGAUGGAACCAAAAUAAAACUUGAUAUAAACAUUUUAAAGAAUUUGGCUACAGAAAAUUCUGAUUGUGUAUUUUGGUACAUUGUAGUCGAUAAAAAUGUAUUGAUGCAUCAUUUUAACUUCUUGAAUGUAUUGACUACUUCAGACCAGCAAUGCAAGCUGCUGGUGCCGCGCGGCGUGCUGUCGCAGCUGCAGGCGGCGGCGCGCGCCGGCGCGGCGUUGAGCGGCGCCCGCGCCGUGCUGCGCGGCCUCUCGCAGCUGUUCGCGGCGCAGCGGGCUGUCAUCGCGGAGUAUUCUUUCAAACCUAGUGAAAUAAAGGAUGGCACUGGUAUGAUCAAUUUCUGCUUGAUGCUACGGCGACAAAAUGAACAUAUGAUAUUACUUUCUAAUGAAGAAGCUUUACAGAAGAAUACUUCGAACAUACCAAUUUUUACAAUCAAAGAUGUAAAAGAGUUAUUAACAAGUGACAAAUAUGAACAAGUUAAAAUGGUCAAUCCCAUCAUUGAACGUAAUAUUAAAGUAACUAUACCAAACGAUAUACAAAGCUGUGCACACACUUCUGACGAUGUUCGGGCAAUAGAGACCCUUGAUACAAACAUUCCAGUGCGAGAGAGUAGUCAUAAAACAUGUAAUACUGAAACAAACACAAAGGAAACCAACGUACAGACUGAAGAUCUUAUUCCUAUUGCACGUAAAAUGGUUGAUGCUGAAGUGCAAACAGACCUCAGCUUAGAAUUUACACAAACAACUGUACAAAAAGACAGUGUCGGUGUUAAUACAGUAGAAAACUUUACACAAAUGACUUAUGUCGAUAAAGAGACUAAUGUUGUUCCUGAAAACAGUACAAUAAUAGGUCAAAAAAACAACGCAGUAAAAAGGCAAGAAAGUAACACUACAAUUAGUCAUGACAACACCCGAGAGGCUCGAUUAAAACGUAGCAUAUCAAAUUUAACUUCGAGAAGCAAUAGUAAUGACGGCGAUAAGAAGCAUUUUAAAUGGCAUAGAAAGAGAAGAGAUGAGUCGAUGGUAUUCUCUGACUCCACCUCGAGCUUUGAUGAUGGUAGCAGCAGGCAGAGUGCUCCCUUUGAAAUCCAUGCAUAUGCACCUCAGAUUUCAAAUAUAUUCGAUGACAUGUAUCAGCCGCCUUCUCAAAGCACACAAAUUUACUAUUCUGACUAUGGCGAAGGAAGCGAAAAUAGCAGUGUUUGUAUGCAGAAAGAAGCUAGUGAAAAUAUAUUAAUUGAAGAAACUUCUACCUCGGAGGCAGACGUUAUUUCAAAUUCAAUCAGUAACGUCGGUUCAGAGACUCAAGAGAUUAAUAAAGGUGAAGAAAAUUCAAAGGCUACAAGUUACAAGGUGAAAAGUAAGAAUGUAAUGUUUGAGAUAACUAGUAAAGAAAUGGAGCAGAAUUUGAGGACGCGACGAGAUGAAUGGUUGGCAGAGUUCAAUCAAAUCAUGGAGGAAGUGUUGACACAGAUACUGAGGAGGAAGUCCGAGGAUAUCGUGAAGGCUAUGCCUCCGCCGUGGACGCUGCACGAAGCCGCGGAAUGCAUUAAGAGAACCUUCAUAGGCGACUACGAUGUAUUCGAAGCUGCCUCUAGGUUGUCUCAAGUUUUGCACAGAAUGAGCGAUAUUAAAGGUAAAAUAAAAAUUGAUUUCAAUCCAAAUGAAUUCAUGGAACUUUACAGCUACGGUGUAUAUCUCGUGGAUUCGUUACAGUCUAUAUUGGACAAAUGUGAAGACCUGCAAGUAGCCUCAGAAUCCCUCGCUAAACUGUUGAAGCAUAUUGAGAGUCCGAUGGCGGAGGGCGGGGCUAACGACUCGUUUGGAGACACGACCGACGUCCCCGGCGGCAAGAGCUGUGUUGAAGCGGGCGCAACUGAAGAAAAUACCAAAACUGUUUCAAACAAAUCCAGUAGUUCACGAAGAACUCCUAAAGAGGCUAAGAAUAUUCAAAGUCCUGGAAAAUAUAACUUACGGUCGAGUAAGAAAAUGAAACCGAAUGAGGAGAAUGAUGAAAAUCGAGCUGUAAAAUUUGUAAGGAAAAUCAAUAUUCGCGACGAUUUCUUUACGAGCCUCCAUCUUUUGAGAAAAGAUGAAACUGAAACUGUCAAUGAUGUGAAUAUCGACGAAGAAGACCCUAUUAAAUUGACACAUAACAUUGUACAUACAAAUUCAGAGACACCAGCAGCUAAGGAGCCAAAUGUCAUAAGAAAUUUCAACAUAUGCCCAGAGUUUGAAGAGAAACUGAAAAACAAAUAUAAAGAACCGUUAGAUAUGGAUAAGCUUGAUUAUUCUAACUACAAUGAUGAAUUGAUUGAUUAUGAGUAUGACAAUAUGGAAGAAAGUUAUUUAGAUGAGUAUGAUCAUUAUAACAUCCAGGGUAAUGAAGAAGAGUAUAUGGAGAAUAAUAAAGAUGAGCCUGUAGAGGAAGCUGCAGUUGAUGCUAAUAAUAAUAACUUUAAAAUGCUUGUUAUCAAAUUAAUGGGUGAAAUCAAACAAACUACGGCAAAUGUAUAUUCGUUUUGUAAAACAACGCAAGAUGAAAUACAGUCUAAGAAUUUUCCCAGUGGUAGAAGAAUGGAAAUUCACGAUAAGGCUCAAAAGACUAACGCGCACAUUAAAAAUAUUUGUAACUUGUUUCGGAGGAUUCAUGAAGUAAAUAAUGAAAAUGGACUUGGUAAAUCUCGAUUGAAAGAAGCUGGUAUCCUUCUGAAUGACAGGGAAGAAGCAGUCUACAGGAAUGUGAUUGGUUCCUGUAUCGAACAAGGAAAUACUCUAUUGGAAUCCAUAAAUGUCAUCAUAGAAGCUAUCAAAACUUAAAUAGUACCAUAUUAUAUAAAAGCAUGUACUCUAAUGUGAUAUGUUGUGAUCUAGCUGUUGUUGUUGAAUGGACUGUAUGAAAUAAGAAACAAAUGUUUAUUUUACAUGUUUUAAUGUUUUAAGUGUACAUAGAUAAGUUGGUUUCUUUUAACUUAAAGUGUAAUACAUGGACAAUGUUUUAAAUUAUAAA